AUGCGGCCCGGCGCCCGCCGGCACCAGGGGCCGCCGCCGCUGCCGGGGCUUCCCGGCGCGGGGCCGCCUCAGCCCAGCGCGGGCAAGGGCGAGACCAGGCAGCCCGUGCCGUGGAGGAGCCGCCGCAUCCCCCCCAUCCGCCGCCUCCUCCGCGCCCGCCUCCGCCUCCUGCCGCCGCCGCCGCGCAUCCCGGAGCCACCUGACUCUCUGGCAGCUUCGGCGGCGCGAGGGGAGGGAAGGGCGGGCCCCGCCCCCGCGCGGCCAUUGGCCGCCGCCGCCGCCCGUCAGCACCGCCCUCACCUGAUUGAGGGCCUGCGCCCCCUUGGCCACGCCCCCUCCCCUCCCGGCUCCCGGUCCCGGAGUCGCGCACUCACCGGUGCGCCCCCGAUUGGCCCCCGCCCGGUCAGCUCUCGCUUCCCAUUGGACCGCGAGCUGCGAUCUCCGCCUUCUCCGCCGCUUCUCAUUGGCUGGGGAAAGGGGCAUGACACGGGCCAAGGGCGAGGUGGGGGGGCCCGAGGGCGGAGCGGGAGGGCGCCACCUGGUGGCGGGCGGAGGCGGCGCGCACCUGGGCCGGCCCCCACCGCCCCUGAGCUCGGUGUGUCCCGGCCCCUUGGGGACCGCCACCGCUCCUUGGGGACCGCCACCGCCCCUAGGAGCCGGCCACCGCCCUCGGGGAUCGCCACCGCCCGCGGGGACCGCCACCGCCCUCAGGGACCGCCACCGCCCCUUGGGGACCGCCACCGCCCCAGGAACACGGAGCGCGGGCUUGGGCCGGGAACCCGACAAAGUCUCGGUGUUCUCUUAGGCCAUGGUUUUCCAUAA